AUGGCCACGCAUAUCGUGUGGCGCGACGCGUCCAGCGAAGAUACGCCUGUGAUUAUGCAGACGACCAACCCUCUGCCAUGGCUCUUUCCAGCGGAAAGUGCGUGGAUCAGCAAAAGCACGUUUGAACGUUUCGUUCUCACGCUUCGCGGGCGCGACGCACGCCGCAACUUUUUCCAAGAAAGGAAUGAUCAGCGCCGCUACAAAAGCCGCCUGCAUGAGUCGCUUUCGCGUCUCAAACUGGGCCCUCUUCAAGGCCGCCCUGCGGGUGAGAAUGUGCGCGACCCCGGCAUCUGGGUCAAUGGGAGCUGGAGUUUUGGCGUGCCCCUUUUGGAAGGGUGCAUCUCAAGCGCGCGACUCGUCUGCACGGAGCUGCUCCAGAGUGAAGGCUUUUCCUCGGCGCACAUCCAAGAGGCGUGGAAAGAAGACUUGUCAUCGUGA